UGAUGUCGGCGCUGUCGGCAAUGCAGGACAAGAACUCGCAUCUGGAGAAGAGCUUAAGCGCGGAGACGAGACUUAAAUUGGAUUUAUUCUCAGCUCUCGAUGAGACCAAACGCCAGUUGGAGAUGACUCGAAUGAUUUUACUGCAACGCGAGAAAGAGAUCGACGAACUCAAGUCGAAGAUCGCCGAAGUGAUGGCCGUAAUGCCGUCGACACCGAACGGCAGUUACGGGAGUCUGUCGGCCGAGCAGUCGAUUGUCAAUAGUUUGCUGCCUGUGUUCGGUCACAACAGCUGCCAUAACAGCCAUAACAGCCAUAACCACAACAAUCAUCACCAAAAAUACAUGCAAUCGAUGGUGUCCUCUAAUGAUGACCACAUGAUGUCGAAUGUGUCGCCAUUAGACCCGAACGCCUCGAUCUAUACGCCCAAAGUGGGCGGCGCCGGCAAUUCCGGUUCACCCGAUCUCUAAGAUCUAUAUAUAUAUAUAUUUUUGUGGACACGACUACUCUCUCGACUUGUGGGCCGACUCGCGCGUAUGACUUCACCGCUAAAUAUAGUCCGACCAUUGGUUCUCUUCAAUUGAUUAUUCAAUUUAAUGGAUAAGACAUUUGUGUUGAUGUUUGUUCUCAUGAGAUGUAAAUCUAAACCGUAAACAAAUUUAUUUAUAAUUAUUUUUUCUUUUUCACGCCUCCUUUCGUGUCCACCGAAAUGUUUUGCCUUUUUGUCGUCAAUAUUUCCCCCAAAAUAUCAAUUCAAAUCAUUGACUGAAACAAAAUCUAUUUGACAAACCAUUAAAACAAUUAUUUAUGAGUUUUUGUGAAUAAAAAUCAAACUUUU